AUGGAAGUCACUUCUGCAGAAGGAUUGGACAAAUUCGUGGAGGAUAAGCUCUCAGUGCCUACCAGCCAAGAUGGUCAUGCUCUGCCUCUAUGGUCAGAGGCAGUGAGGCAUCUGGUUGCUCACUGUGAGAAACAGGAUGCUGGACUAGGUGAGCCAUUGACCCAAUCACUUCUUAUGCAUCCUUGGUUGUUUGCAUAUGAACCAGUUUCUCUCUCUCUCUCUCUUCUUCCUUUAGCUUACUUCAUCAGCCCAGGCCUGUGCCCCCCUCAUGUAGAAAGAACUGGGGAGAGGCAGCCAUGAGCAGGAGAAACUCUAGGUGGGGAAUGAGUCACAGGAAGAGAUAAUUCACAGAGAGAAAACAGAGGCCGGUUUUUAUGCAAAUUUCUGAGCAAUAAAAAAAGCAACAAAACUCCAGGUCAGUGCUAAUCUGAGGCGAGGCUGUUUUUUCCCUUUUGAGUAACAGGUGCUGAUUUGGAAUGGUUCACAGUGACCUUGCAGGUGUUUUUAUAGGCCUCUCUAGUGACAACAGGAGUAUUGCUUGAGGCAGAAGAGCGGCCUACCAGCUUAAAUUUUUCGUGUGGGUGGGCAUGCAGGUUUCCUGCACCCACCUGCCGUGGGGCAGGUGGGUGUUAAACUGGGGUAGCUUUUAAUGGCCUUGCAGUUAAGAUAAAUAUUUUUUUUUUUAAAAAUUGUGGCUGUUUAAAAACCGUUAAUCUGUGGAGUCUUGAUUGUUUUUACUGCUAGUUUAAAUUGUUGGAUUUCAACGUGUUUUAUUUGUUUGAUGGCAGGAGGGGUAUACCCCCUCAAAAGGUAGGCUAGGAGUCCAUUAAAUAAAUAAAAAUGUGUGGCUUUAUGGAGCUGCAGUAUAACUAUAAUCAGCUACAUGAGGAGGGCCGCAGGUACCCCAUCCAUGCCUGGGAUGAAGGGCUGUAGCUCGGUGGUAGAGCAUCUGCUUUGCAUGCAGAAGGUCCCAAGUUCCAUCCCAUGCAUCUCCUUGAGAGCCGCUGCCAUUGUUGACCAGGUGUGGGGAACCUUUGGCCCUCCCAAUACAGGUAUACAGAAUCAUAGAAUUCUAGAGUUGGGAGGGACCCCAGGGGUCAUCUAGUCCAACCACCUGCUUGGUGUGCAGAACAUCUCAUUUUCAAUCCCUAGUAUAACCAAGUAGGGCUGGGAGUGUCCCCUGCCUUGAAACCCUGAAAAGCCACAUUGCAUCUCUGUGUAAAUAGUAAUGAAUUAGAUGCCCCAAGAGUCUGACUCAGUAAAAGGGUCACUGCAUGGUUCUGUGGAGCUCACAUAUCUUCCCUGUGAUGUGUAUGGGUUGCUCGUGCGUAAGUUGCCGCCUCUCCAGGCUUUGUUGCCUUGCUAAACCUUUCUGUCUGGGCAGCCCUUCACUUCGUGGCUGCCUCAGUCGCUAGCAGAAUCCGUCAGUGGGCGUUUCUUAAAUCUUUUCCAACAUAAAAGUUGUUUGACACCCAGUCUCCUCCUACUCUCUCUGCGCGGAAGUCUUCUGCGCAGGGUGGGCGUGGGUAGCGGGGGACCCGUGCUCUCCCUGCUGGUGUCCGGUGAAGAGUCCUGGAGCCCUCUCGCCGAUUCCCCCAUCAGCCCCUCCUUAUCCCUGGUGUAGCGCUGAUUUGCUUCCCCAUCUGCGGAGCUGCCUCUCUCCCUGCUGGGCCCUUCUCCCGCAUCAUUUGAGAGCCUUCCCUCCGCCUCUAGCUCCGAUAUCAGUUCCCUGACAUUCCCUAUAGUGAUUCCACCAUGCUAUCCCAAAGGCUCUGUGUCACAGUUCCACCAAAGAUGUUACUAUCUUGCAUUCAUCUCUUAAGAGAUUUUUGCUUCCCAUCCCAAAUUUUUUGCUUUAAAUUCAGGUACUGCUGCCUAUCCAGCUCCCCUCCCUCCCUCCCUCAGGUCAUUUUCCUAAUGGCAUAAUAAGUUCGUCAUUUGGAUCUGUGACUCAGCAGAACGGAGGUACCCUUUCCCCCAGAAGAGUAAACAGCUGCUCCCAGGGCGCGGCUUUCAUCAGUCAAAGUGCCAGGCUACUUGGAUUGGGACGGAAGAGAACACGAAACAGCGGUUCUUAACCACACACACUUUUACCCCUUGGUCACUGUCCUGUGUUUUACUUUGGAAGUUGAUUGGGAUGGUCUACCAAUACAUCUCUGGGUGCUUUGGGGGCAGAUCCACACCCUACAUUUAAAGUGCAUUCAAUGCAUGUUUAACUCAUAUGGCUUCCCCAAAGACUCCUGGAAACUGUAGUCCCCACUAUAGGGCUUCUACUCCAAACUACAGUUCCCAGGGUUGUUUGGGAGAAGCCAUGUGCUUUCAAUGUGUGUUGAACAAUAGCCACAACAUUAUUUUUCCCACCUAAUUUAGGCUACUGAAAUGAAGAGAGAGGACUUUUCGUUGCGUGAAAAAAUCUGGAGGACUUCCACCAUUUAAACAAACAAAAAAGGUCUGGUCUUUCCUGAUGUAUACACAACUAUAGCAGUGGUGAGGAACUUGUGGCCCUCCAGACUACAACUCUCACCAUCUCUCAGCAUUAGCAAUGUUGGCUGAGGCUGCUGGGAGUUGGAGUUCAACAGCACCUGGAGGGCCACAGGACACCCCUCCCCAAGCUCUGUAGCCACAUUGAAAUAUACAAAUGGUUGAUUCCAUUUAAGAAAUGUUUAAAAUCCUUAAAGUGCUAAAUGAUCUUUAGGUUUGUUCGCAAGAAUAAAUAACUGGAGGUGAGAACAGAACUACAAAGUUAUUUUCCUAAAGCAAGCACAAAACUUCAUUCCUUAGCUGUAAGGUAAAGGGGCCCCUGACCAUUAGGUCCAGUCGUGACCGACUCUGGGUUUGCGGUGCUCAUCUCGCAUUAUUGGCCGAGGGAGCUGGCAUACAGCUUCCGGGUCAUGUGGCCAGCAUGACUAAGCCGCUUCUGGCGAACCAGAGGAGCGCAUGGAAACGCCGUUUACCUUCCCGCUGGAGCGGUACCUAUUUAUCUACUUGCACUUUGAUGUGCUUUCAAACUGCUAGGUUGGCAGGAGCAGGGACUGAGCAACAGGAGCUCACCCCGUCGCGGGGAUUCGAACAGCCGACCUUCUGAUCGGCAAGUCCUAGGCUCCGUGGUUUAACCCACAGCGCCACCCGCUUCCCCUAUACAUUUAAGGUGCUAUGAUUCAACUUGGAACGUUGUAGCUCAAAUGAAGAUGCACAAUUUUCAGAGUUCCCUGUGAAGGACUGAUUCUUAAACAGCUCUGGGGGCGAAUAAAAAUCUCCUAACAACUCUCAGCACCCUUAAGAAACUGCAGCUCCCAGAAUUCUUUGGGGGAAGCCAUGGCAGUUUAAGGUGGUAUCAUAGUUCUUUAAAAAUAUGGUGUGUGACUGUGGCCUAAGACCCACCUCUUCCUUCAAAUCCCUCCUCAAAAUCCUUAUUUUCCCCAAAGCUUUCACCUUGUCCUCAGUCCACCCACCACUCCCCAUUAACACCCAACUGCAUUUGUGCACAUUAACACCCUUUUCCGCCAGCCUUUUUUCUUCUUGCACCCUCCUGCUGCCUUUACCUCCUCCUGAUUGAAAUGUGUAUUGUAAACUCCUCAGGGCAAGGACCUUUUACAAGGCAUUGCUCUUCAAAGUGCCAGAAAAAUACUGAUGGGUAUGUACUGUAUCAGCAUUCGGCAACAUCUGGAGGGCACCAGGUUGGCAAACUACCACUCCCGUCAGCGUGGUCAAUGAUCAGAGAUGAUUUGGAGUUGCAGUCCAGAACACCUGGAGCACCGCAUAGUAGAGAAGGCGCUGCUGUGCAAAUAUUUAGCAGGCACCAAAUGUAG